UAUUCUGAGUCAAGAAACCGGAAGUAAAUCAGUGACCUCAAUAGGUUGCGGGCUUCAGCUGAUGCUGUCCUUCCUUUUAACUGUGUUAUUUAAUAAGUGAAACUGUUUUGCGAAUUUGCACGUCUACAACAUGUCGGGUUAUACGCCGGACGAAAAGCUUCGUUUGGACCAGCUGACGAAACUAAGAAGGCAGUGGUUGAAAGACCAGGAGCUCAGUCACCGCGAGCCUGUCAUUGAGCCCAAACCGCUCGGACCCGUGGCUAAAUUCUGGUCCCGCUUCUUGGAGCCGCAAAGUCUGUGGAGGCUCUAUACGUUCAAAGUGUAUAAUGCAGGAAUCUUCACUUUCACACGGCUGCUGAUCCCGGCUUGGAUCGUGCACUAUUAUGUCAAGUAUCACGUAGCGAAAAGACCCUACGGUAUUGUUGAGUUGAAGCCAAGGCUGUUUCCUGGAGACACUGUUCUGGAAACAGGGGAGGUUAUUCCAGAUCUUCCCGAGACUGACAAUCACGGGCACCAUUAAACUAAAAAAUGGACGGCAAGGAAGUCUCACGCCAGUGUCCUCCUGUUUCUUUGUCACAUGUAUAUAUUUAUCAUUAAAAAUGAUCUGUUCUCCUCAA